AUGCCUCCACCGCCAAGAACUGCACUCCUGGCUGCAUCAAGUCGGUGUCUUAAAUGUUAUGAAAUCGGCUUGAAGUAUGCAUCCCGAAAUUUCUCUGCCCUCAAUCGCCCACUGCCAAACUACCCGGGACAUGUUCCUCUGAACCGAAUUGAGCGCGGUGUGCUCGCGAUAGGCUCUGCAUUUGGCUCUUUAAUCAAUCCGUACAGACAUGACCUCAUCGCAGCGUUAGGCGAAGCCACCGCAACACCUUACUUCAUAUAUCGUCUCCGCGAUGCAAUGCUCUCCAACCCCACCGGUCGUCGCAUCCUCCGAGACCGUCCUCGUAUCACAUCCGAAACCCUCAAACUGCCCUACCUCCGCAGCUUACCUGAGAACUCGGUUGGCUGGACAUACGCCAAAUGGCUAGAUAAAGAAGGCGUGACCCCCGACAGCCGCGACAGCGUACAAUACAUCGACGACGAAGAAUGCGCCUACGUCAUGCAACGAUAUCGCGAAUGCCAUGAUUUCUACCACGCUGUCACCGGGUUACCGACCAUGGUCGAAGGCGAAUUAGCACUCAAAGCAUUCGAGUUUCUGAAUACGGUGCUACCCAUGACAGGACUGAGUCUUGCGGCUGUUGUGAGAUUGAAACCUGCGGAACGAGAGCGGUUUUUUAAGCUUCAUCUUCCAUGGGCGGUGCGAAGUGGGUUGUCGAGUGAGGAGUUGAUCAAUGUUUAUUGGGAAGAGCAGCUGGAGCGCAAUGUGGAUGACUUGAGGACUGAGUUGGGGAUUGAGACACCGCCGGAUUUGAGGGAAAUUAGGCGUAUGAUGCGGCAGCAGGAGAAGAGGGCAAAGGAGCAGCAGGCUCAAGGUUCUAGUUCGUAA